CAGGAGCCAGUUCUGGGGCUGGCAAGGGAACAAGGCCACAACCAACCCAGCUAUACCAUCCUCAGAGCCUUAGGAGAGUAGGAAGUUCAACUUCGUAGUAGUGUAAAGGCCACCCCACAGCACGCCGCUGGGUGCUUUCUUGGAAUGUUUAUUUUUAGACUUUCUCUUGUCACUUUGAGUAGCAGUUUCAGUUGCUGAAGGCCCACAGUGGCCAAUAUUUUUAUCUAGCCUUCUAUAGACUGGAUUGACAAGAUCUAUAGCGUCUUGAGGCAGAUGUCACAAUGCAUUCCACUUUGUCCCCUCUUCCUAAAUGGGCAUAUGGCUGCUGCUCUCCGUUCCUUUGCAGUGAUCUCAGACUGCGAAUGGCAAUGAGCUCAGUGGAAGCACUGCCAGCACACAGCACUUUGUCUGGGGGAAGGAGUCUCAGAGAGCAGCACCAAGUAACGACCAGUAAGGUUUUUCUGUCUUCGUCUUGCCAUUUAAGGUGCCUGUGCUAAGUAUUAUCUUCCCCUUCCAUAACUGUGUUUUACAUAAAGUACAAGAGUCAAAACUGGAGUUACCAGACCAGUCUUAGUCUCCUCUGUACACACCGAUCCCUUGACACAGCUCCAUCCCAGCUGGUGUUUUCCACCCUAAUCAAGCUGCACCCCUGCUCUGCUGCACCUGGAGCUGAGCCGACUGCCUGGCCAGGAUGAGCUGGAGCUUCCUGACGCGGCUCCUGGAGGAGAUCAACAACCACUCGACCUUCGUGGGCAAGAUCUGGCUCAGCGUCCUCAUCAUCUUCAGGAUUGUGCUGACGGCUGUGGGAGGUGAGUCCAUCUACUACGAUGAGCAGAGCAAGUUCGUCUGCAACACGCAGCAGCCAGGCUGCGAGAACGUCUGCUACAACGCCUUCGCCCCACUCUCCCAUGUCCGCUUCUGGAUAUUCCACAUCAUCAUGGUGGCCACCCCCUCGGUGCUCUACCUGGGAUUUGCCAUGCAUCGCAUUGCCCGCAUGCCUGAGUCCUCACGGCGCCGGGUGCCGGCAACUCAGCGUGGCCGCAUGCCAGUGGUGCGGCGUGGAGCCGGGCGGGACUACGAGGAGGCGGAGGAUGAUAAUGAAGAGGAUCCCAUGAUCUUCGAGGAGAUUGAGGUGGAGAAGGAGAAGGGCACCGAGGGUGGCGAGAAGCAUGAUGGCCGGCGCCGCAUCAAGCAGGACGGGCUGAUGCGUGCCUAUGUGCUACAGCUGCUGUGCCGCAUGCUGCUGGAGUCGGCCUUCCUUUUCGGGCAGUACCUGCUGUUCCGCUUUAAGGUCAGCCCCUCCUACGUGUGCAGCCACAGCCCCUGCCCGCACAUGGUCGACUGCUUCGUCUCACGCCCUACUGAGAAGACCAUCUUCCUGCUCAUCAUGUAUGCUGUCAGUGGGCUCUGCCUCUUCCUCAACAUCUGCGAGCUAUUGCACCUGGGUGUGGGGCGCAUUCGCGAUGCGCUGAGCCAGCCCAACAGCCCACCCUCCAGCAGCCCUGCACCGCACUACGCCAAGAAGCCCCCCAGUGCACCGCCCACCUACCACUCCCUGAAGAAGGAGCCGCUGAAACCCCCUCUGCCUGAUGGCAAGCUGGACUACCGGGAGAACCUGGCCAACUCGGCCGCUGAGCGCUUUGCCCUGGCUGGCGCUCCCCGCGAGCGCGAGCUGGAACAGCUGCGUGAGCACCUGCGCUUGGCCCAGGAGCAUCUGGAGAUGGCCUUCCACCUGCAGCCGCCCCCCCGGGCUCCCAGCCCCUCACGCAGCAGUAGCCCUGAGGGCAAUGGCAUGGCUGCCGAGCAGAACCGCCUCAACCUGGCACACGAGAAGGGUGGUGGCUGCGAGCGCAGCACAGGGCUGUGAGUGACGAGGACGGAUGGUGCGGGACAGUGGUGUGACACAGCAUGAGACGACGACAUGUAUCUGCCCGGUGGGGCUGUCCAGGGCAUCUCCAUCCCAGUGGGCAGCGAUGGGGACAGGGGCUUGGGGAACCUUCCUUCACUGUUCUUAAUUUUUUUUUUUUAAAAAAGGAAUAUCUUAUUUUUGUACAUUUUUAUAAACUCAGCAGCGUGCACCCUGGCAUUUUUAUACACCCCUCCCGAUUCCCACUCUGAGCCCGCACCUCCCCUCCCUGUCUCCUGUUGUAUCCCCGCGUUCCUCCCCACAGCCUGUGCUCGCAGCACCUCCAAUUCAUGCCUCCCCUGCACUCUCUGUGCACGUGCAGGUCACGACAGCAGUAAGGAUGCUCACACCAGGUCUGGCUGGUGAGGCUGCACCAUGGGCUGGCACUGAGCCUGAAGUAGAGGUGACAGCAGGGACCUGUGAGAGACGUAUCCCAGUGGCACCACUGCUGGGGGGUGCCCAUACAGUGAGCACAUGUGGGCUGCACAGGGCCCCUCUUGGCUCCUCUUUGGCUUCCCCCUCUCCAGGCUGCUCUUUUUAGGGAGCGCAGGGGUUUGUGUUUGUCCUUCUGAUCUCCUCCGUUUCCCUGCCAGCAGCUCUGCUUGGGCUUUGGACCAAAGCCGAUCCUCUUCAGCCUGGUGUGGGGCUGGGAGCCCUGUGUGCAGUGCCCAGAGUGGGUUGGUGGGAGACACUCGGGCAUUCUGAUCAUCUCAUGGGUCACGCAGUGAAUUUUGUAGCAUUGUUUUGUACUUGGGUAAUUGUGACUUUUUUUUCCCUUUUUUUUUAAUUUUUUUUUUUUUUUAAUUAUCUAUAUUCAGUAAAGCCUGGAGACGUUUUGUACUGAA